UCGUCUUGGCUGUGUCUGACCUGACAGUGAUGGCUCCAGAGGAAAAGACGCACACGUCGCUGCAGCUCAGACGCGCAAAGGAGCGAAACCUCCGCGUGUUUCUGCGCAAAGACAGAGGAGGAAGAAAAGCGCCGAGCUGCUGCUGCUGCACCGGAUUAACAGAGCCGAGGAUGGAGGGGCUGCUCCUCUCAGAUAAGUAGGAAGUCAAAGUCAACGUGUUUUGUUCCAGAUCAGAAGCAACAAACACAGAAGAAAAGUAGGCGCCAGUUUAAAGAUUUGAGCCCAUUAAGACUUUUGGACAAUCGGAUGAUUAAAAAAUCUUCUGGAUGAUCGACGUGUUAAGUUUUAAUCUCCGAGAUCAACCUGUGCGUAAACUGUGCGUAAUUCUUGGAUGAAAACGCGCAGGGACGCACACUUCGGAGAACUCGUGUGAAUCGGUACACACCAGCGGGAUGUAGUAUUUUGGAGGAGCUCAGAGGAGGAUUUUUUUUUUUUUUUUUAAACCUCGGGGAAAUGAACUUCGCAAAGCGCCUCCGUUCACUUUCUGCGCCCUGAAGACGCAGCGAGCCAUGGGUUGAAAGCGACCGUGACGGACUGCGGGGAUGUUCACCGAGGGUGGGAGCAGAGCUGUCUGUUAUGUAAUGAUUGACAGCGCCUGAUAAGCCUAAUUAGUGGUAAUAUCAUAACGAGGAGACCCCCUCCCCCUCCCCCCCCUCCCUCAUUACCCCUCCACCCUUUACCCUUUACAUCCUCUGCUCGUCCACGAAAAACUAUUUCAGAUGUUUUUGCGAUUCACUAAAACCUGAGACCGUUUGCUCCAAAAGCAAAUAAGCAGGUUUAUGUCACAGGUCACUGGAUAAAUUCACAUAUUCUUCUUAUUCCUCUCUAUUUAUUUUCUCCUUAGACAAUCAUCAAGAGGAGUCCAUUACAGCUCCUCUAAACCAUUCUCUGUUUAUUGUUGUAAGAAUUUGUUUAGAGUCAUCAUGAUGCAACAAACUCUCCAACUGCUCCGUGCAGAUUUCACCAGGUUCUACAAGAUGACUUCAGGGAAUCAGACUUUUAUUAACGCUGUCCUGAGCUUUGAAUUCUCUUCUUGGUAUCGCGACAUGUUUAACGGCUGCUGAGAUGCUGUAAUGCUCAUUCCCGCCCUCACAUUUGAGGACAUGUAGUCACUUUUAAACUCUCCAUCUUUUAAUAACUUGUGACUUCCUGUUUGUGAACGUCAGAAGCUCAUCAGAAGCUUCACCAGAGCCUUUGUCGGUCCCUCCCUCCCCCCCACUCAUCAGGGCUGGUGGGGGGGGUGGAUCUGUGGCCCCAUCGGGGGUCAAAACUGUGGCGGUGGCUGGCGGCGGAGGUCAUACCCUCAGAGGCAGGGCUCCCGCCAUGGAGACCAGCCCUGAGAGCCCCAACCGGGCAGUGGAGUACCUGCUGGAGCUCAACAACAUCAUCGAGAGCCAGGCCAAGCUCCUGGAGACCCAGCGGCGGCGUAUCGAGGAGCUGGAGGGCCAGCUGGACCGGGUCAGCCAGGAGAACCAGGGCCUGAGGCAGGAGCGCAGCCCACGCACGCCUGGUUCAGAGACUCCGGAGCAGAACCACAACCACAGCCAGCCUCUGUCUCUCCCCAUCCAUCAUGGCAGCGGCGGUGGCGGUGGCGGCGGUGGCGGUGGUGGCGGUGGCGGCGGUGGCGGCAGCAGCAGUGGGAACGGUAGUGCACCAACACCUCAGGUGACAACUGGAACAGCCAUAACUCCAGGGCCCAGCAGGGAGAGGAGGACCCACACCAGGCUGACCAGAGGCCUCUCCUGCAGCUCCUCCACCACCGAGCGAGACCGACUUGAACGCACCGACAGCACAGACACCAACGCCAGCUCCACCUUGCGUAGAAAUGUGGAAGGGGAGUCCCAGUGUCCGGAGACGGGCACCCACAAAGACAGCUCUUUCGGCCAGACACCCUACCUGCGUGGCUCAGAGCGCUACAGUGACAGCGGCGGAGGCAGCAGCGUACCCCCUGGAACCCGGGGCCCUUCGUGCGUGGCCACCUCCAGCUCAGCCAGCUUGGCCUGGGCGCUACGGACACGCCACCAACCUGCAAGUCUGGCCCUCCGCAAGCAAGAGGAGGAGGAGAACAAGAGAUGCAAGGCCCUAUCAGACAGUUAUGAACUCUCAACAGAUCUGCAGGAUAAGAAGGUGGAGAUGCUGGAGAGAAAGUACGGUGGCUCCUUCGUAAGUCGCCGAGCAGCGAGGACCAUUCAGACGGCCUUCAGACAGUAUCGCAUGAACAAGAACUUUGAGCGCCUCAGAAGCUCCGCGUCAGAGAGCCGCAUGACCCGUCGCAUCAUCCUCUCCAACAUGAGACUGCAGUAUUCGUUUGAUGAGCGGCAGCCUCAGCAGCAGGCCCAGACACAGACCAACUUCACCCACAGCGUGGCCAUCGGGCCUCCUCAUUCCCCCGACACAGACCGCACAGGGGAAUACACCCAUUUAGAGGACUCCUUCUCCAAACAGGUCAAGUCCUUAGCUGACUCGAUAGACGACGCCCUUACCUGCCGCGCGGGUCGCGAUGACUCCCAGGAGGGCAGCAGGGAGGGAGGAGGUAUAAGCGAGGACUUUGGCGAGUGUGUGUGGAGCAGUAGCAGCAAUCCAUCCUCCCAGAGAGGUCUGGGAGAAAGAGCCAGGGGAGCUGGAGGAGGACUCAGUAUGCACGGAGACAGCACGGCCACAUCGUACAGUGAUGUCACCUUAUACAUGGAUGAUGGGAUGCCGUCGUCACCCCUGUCCCUCGACCGGGCACCCAGCAGCACAGACACAGAGUACUGGGGCCCCGGUGGUGGUGUUGGAGGGCGUGAGGACAGCAGGGACACAGAGGGAGGGGGUAGCAGUAACAGCCGGCGUAGCACCCCAUGCACAGAGUGCAGGGACUAUCGUCUGAGGGGCGCACAUCUGCCUCUCCUCACUAUUGAGCCGCCCAGCGACAGCUCAGUGGACAUGAGUGACCGUUCAGACCGAGGCUCUCUGAGCAGACAGCUGGUCUUCGAGCAGGAGCCUGGUGUGGGAGCUGGCUCCCCUCAGGGAACCCUCAAACACUCCCCCAACACCGGCGCCCGCCAGGCCUCCACUGCAGCUGCCCAGGGUCAGACACGGGCUCCCAGCAGACCCAUACCAACACAUAUCCCUCACCAGGUGGCCCCCCACCACCACCAUCACCACCAUCCUAUCCACCACCAUCAGUACUCAGACACACCUUCAUCCUCCUCCUCGCCGCAGCAGCCCCCCACCACCCCACUCUCCUCCUCCUCCUCUACAGCUCUGCCCCCUGGAGGCCUGGAGCAGCCAUGCUGCUCAGACGGAGACAAUGACUCACUCAACUCCACCACCAACUCCAACGAGACGGUCAACUGCAGCUCAGGCUCCUCAUCUCAGGACAGCCUGCGGGAGCCUUUACCUCCUCUGGGCAAGCAGACGUACCAGAGAGAGAGCCGCCACAGCUGGGACUCUCCGCCCUUCAACAGCGAUGUGGUGCAGAGGCGCCAGUACCGCAUAGGCCUCAACCUCUUCAACAAGAAGCCAGAGAAAGGGAUACAGUACCUGAUUGAAAGAGGGUUUGUCUCUGACACUCCAGUGGGGAUUGCUCGCUUUAUCCUAGAGAGGAAGGGCCUGAGCAGGCAGAUGAUAGGAGAGUUUCUGGGGAACCGGCAGAAACAAUUUAACAAAGAUGUUUUAGACUGUGUGGUGGAUGAGAUGGACUUCUCAGGUAUGGACCUGGAUGACGCUCUAAGGAAAUUCCAGGCUCAGAUUAAAGUUCAGGGUGAAGCCCAGAAAGUGGAGAGGCUCAUUGAGGCUUUCAGUCAGAGAUAUUGUGUGUGUAAUCCCACCCUGGUUCGGCAGUUCCAGAACCCGGACACCAUCUUCAUCUUGGCCUUUGCCAUAAUUCUCCUCAACACAGACAUGUAUAGUCCCAACGUCAAAGCUGAGAGGAAGAUGAAACUGGAGGAUUUCAUCAAGAAUUUGAGAGGCGUUGACAAUGGUCAGGAUAUACCCAGGGACCUGCUGGUUGGGAUCUACCAGCGGAUACAGAAAUGGGAGCUACGGACCAAUGAUGACCAUGUGUCCCAAGUGCAGGCGGUGGAGAGAGUCAUCGUGGGCAAGAAGCCUGUGCUGUCCCUUCCCCAUCGCAGGCUGGUGUGUUGCUGCCAGCUCUACGAGGUGCCCGACCCGAACAGACCUCAGAGGACGGGAGUGCACCAGCGAGAGGUCUUCCUCUUUAAUGACCUUCUGGUGGUGACCAAAAUCUUCCAGAAGAAGAAAACCUCAGUGACUUAUAGUUUCAGACAAUCGUUCCCUUUGGUUGAGAUGCAAGUGCACAUGUUCCAGAACUCGUACUACCCUCAUGGGAUCCGCCUGACCACAGCAGUCCUGGGAGGGGAGAGGAAAGUUCUUAUCGUCUUCAUGGCACCCAGUCAGCAAGAUCGCACCCGCUUUGUGAGCGACCUCAGGGAGAGCGUUGCUGAAGUGCAGGAGAUGGAGAAAUACAGAGUCGAGUCGGAGUUGGAGAAGCAGAAAGGUGUGAUGCGACCCAGUUUGCUGACAGGAGGUGUGGUUGGAGGAGGUGUUGGAGUUAAGAGCGAUGUUGUGAACGGCACCCUGGGAAGGACGAGUUUCGAUGACAGCGUGGGUGAGGGUCUGAAACGCACAGCGCUCAGCUCAUCUCUCAGGGACUUAUCGGAGACAGGGCUCCAUCAUUAGCAGCCCACAGCCUCACCAGCGCUAUCAAGUGCCAGGUGUCGUUCCUGGCUGCUACGGAACAGAAGACUUCCGGCCUCACCGCCCC